ACUUUCGCUUUCGCGUCUCCCGAACUGCGCCCGGCGGGGCCGGCGGAGCAGCGCGAUGGCUCCAGCGCUGGGGCUGGGGGCGCUCCUGGCGAUCCUGGGGGUCUUGGCGGUCUCGGGGGGGCAGCCCGAGGUUCUCCACUCCCUGCGUUACCUGGAUGUGGCGGUGACAGAGCCCAGCCCGGGGAUCCCUCAAUUCAUGGAGAUGGGAUACGUGGACGGGAUCCCCAUCACGCGCUACGACAGCGAGCGGGGCUGGACGGUGCCGCUGACGCCGUGGAUGGCGGCUGGAGCCGAGCCGGGAUAUUGGGAUGAAGUGACCCAGAUCAGUGAGAGGAGCCAGCUCAUUGAUGCCGAGAACCUGGAGAUAGUGGGGAGGGGCCGGUACAACUGGAGUGGGGGUCUCCACACAAGGCUGGAGGCUUAUGGCUGUGACCUCCUCUCCGACGGGACUGUCCGUGGAUACGACCACAUUGGCUACGACGGGCGGGAUUUCAUCUCCUUCGAGCCGGGAUCCGGGAGCUUCGUGGCAGCCGAUGGAGCUGCCCAGAUCACCAAGAGGAAAUGGGAACACGAUGGGAUUGUGGCAGAGGAGAUGAGGAAUUACCUGGAGAACACCUGUCCGGAAUGGCUCCAGAAGUACGUUGGAUACGGGCAGGAGGCGCUGGAGCGCAAAGAUCCCCCUGAUGUCCAUGUGUCUGGGAAAGAGGAACACGGGAUCCUGACGUUGUCCUGCCACGCGUACGGAUUCUACCCCGGGACAAUCGGGAUCAACUGGCUGAAGGGGGAUGAACUGCGGGAUCAGGAGACGGAGUGGGGCGGGAUCGUUCCCAACAGCGACGGCACCUUCCACAGCUGGGCCAGGAUCGAGGCGCUGCCGGGGGAGCGGGAGCAGUACCGGUGCCGGGUGGAGCACGCCGGAAUGCCGGAGCCCGGGAUCUUCGCCUGGGAGCCAGAAUCCGUCUGGAAUUCCAGCCCGACGUCGGUGGCCGUGUCCGUCAUCGCUACCAUCAUCAUCAUUGGCCUCGUGGUAGUCUGUGUCUGGAAGCUCCGAUCCGGGAAGAGGGAGGGGAAUGGAUACGGCCCCAUGCCCACCACAGGAAUCACGGCCUGAGCGAUCCCGGAGCUGGAUCCGCCCCUUCCCUCUCCCUGCGGAAAGGCAGGAGCUGCUGGCAGAGCUCAUCCCGCUGCUCCCACCCACCCCGGCCCCCCUGCGGCUCUUCCUGACGGAUCAACUUCCUGCUUUUUCCUGUGUGAAACCCAGGACCACAAUUAUUCCUGAGGCUUUAAUUUUGGUGUGAAAAUCUCCUGCUUUGGGCAAUAAAUCCUGGCUCCCUCCUCCGGCAUCCGUCAGUUCCUCUCUGGGAACCAGGAAUGGGAAUGGGGACAUUGGGGGCAGGGAUGGGGACACUGGGAGCAGACUGAGGACACCAGGAAUGGAAAUGGGAACUCCAGGAAUGGGAAUGGGGACAUUGGGAGCAGGUUGGGGUCACCAGGAAUGGGAAUGGGGACACUGGGAAUGGGAAUGGCGACAUUGGGAGCAGGUUGGGGACAGCAGGAAUGGGAACACCGGGAGACAAUGGGGAAAAGAAUGGGGACACCAGGAGCAGGAUGGGAAGACUGGGAGAAGGCUGGGGACACUGGAACAGGCUGGGGACAUCAGGAAUGGGAUGGAGACACCAGGAAUAGCAAUGGAGACAUUGGGAGCAGGUUGGGGACAGCAGGAACUGGGAAUGGGGACACACGGAAAUGGGAAUGGGGAAAACAGAACUGGGAUGGGAACAUCAGGAAUGGGAAUGGGGACACCAGGAAUGGGAAUGGGGAAAACAGAACUGGGUUGGGAACUCCAGGAAUGGGGACACCAGGAAUGGGAAUGGGGACCUGGAGGACCACGAUGAGGACACUGGGAGCAGGCUGGGGACGGCAGGAACUGGGAUGGGAACACCAGGAAAGGGAACGGGGACAUCGGCAGCAGGUUGGAGACACCAGGGACUGGGAAUGGGGACAUCAGGAAUGGGACGGGAACACUGGGAAUGGGAACACCAGGAAUGUAAUGGGAACAUGGGGGACCAGGAUGGGGACACUGGGAACUGAUGAAGAGAAGUAGAGACCCCAGACUCACCCAAACCCCUCCCAGAACUGAGGGCCAAGAGAAGCUCUGCCUGAGCUCUGCCUGAGCUCCGGCCGUUAUUAAUAUGCAUAGAUAGAUAUUGUAAUCAUAUUAAUAUGAUUUAUCACAUUUAAUCAUAUAUGAAAAUUGUAUAAAACCCUUGAUUUUGUGUGAAACCCUUGAGCAAGUUCUCUGUGGUGCGAACCACGCUCGCUCCUGACAUCGGCAAUAAAUCCCUUCGCUGCUCAAA